ACGAUAUUUUGCGGCUGAAGUGAAUGAAUGCGAACAGAAAGAUAACAGCAGCUGAUAUUCGCGACUCCAAAGACGAAACUUUGCGAUUCCUACAAAAAGUUUAAAGAAACAUGGACAUUUCUGAGCUUCAGCCUUUGACAGAUGGUGAGUCUCGAGAUAAAAUGGACGCAGAUCAGGUCAAAAGCGAUCGUGCAGUUCAGCAGGGCAGGAACAUUCUUCAAAUGGUCGUGUCCAACUGGAAGAGUCUUACACCAAAACGUCACAAACGGAAUCCGCUGAAAAACUAUCAGGAGCAACAGUUGAAGGAGAUACCUGGCGCGUCCAAGAAGACUGGGAGCGUCAUGCACGCGGCGCUGACCAGCGAGGUAGACAGCGAAGAUUAUAAAGUGAAUGGGAAAGCUAUGGAUACGGGAAUGCGUGUGCGAAACCACGCGUUAAUUCAUUACAUCGCGAAACUGGCCGUCUCGAAUCACGAUAACGACACGUUCGACUUCGCUUUCGUUCAAAGUUUGCUGAAGAACGGUGCGGAUAUUAACGCGACCGAUAAAUACGGUCAGACCGUUUUCCACGAAGUAGCCAGAUCGUGGCAUGCUGACGUUGCUGAAUUUUUGAUCCGAAAUGGUGCUAACAUGGACCAGCAAGAUAAAUAUGGCCGGGCCCCGCUACACGUGGCUGCUGCUGUAGACUACGUUGAGAUGGUCGAGUUUCUGGUGAACAAAGGAGCUAAUGUGAAUAUACGAACAACGGGAGAGGAACAAACUCCGAUACACUUUGCAGCGAAGAACGAUGCUUGUAAAAGCUUGAAGGCCUUGAUUGCAUAUGGCGUUGACGUCAACUGCAGAGAUUAUCAGGAACGAACUCCACUCCAGCUCGCUGCGGCAAUGAGCAGAUCAAAAGCAGCUCGAAUGCUGAUCGAACUCGGUAUUCCUGCUGGAGUUUACGACAAAGAUGGUGAAAUGGCCGUCUCCCUGCUUGUUAUCAAGAUGCCAGAUGUCGCCAAACUGGCCCUGGAUCAGUUUUACUCCGAGGAUAACAUCACCCACAAGCGUUACUAUUUCCUCAACUACCUGGAAGGCAGUCGUGUUGUCGACGGGCGGUGUUCGGCGCGCACCCCCCUGGAAGCUGCCGUGGCCAGCAACUGCGUUCAAAUCAUCAUGCAUCCCGUGAUGCAAUGCUUGAUUGCGACCAAGUGGGGAAGGUUCGGUCGACGUUGGGCGUGGUUCGACUUCGUGCUGAAUAUGACCUCUGCAAUAAUCUGGACCGCGAUGGGCGUGACCCUCCCAUUGGAACACGACACGCUUUACAACCCCCCGCACGAGAAAUGGUGGCGAAUGGUUCUCGCUUGCUUAGCUUUACUGCUGACAAUGUACGAGCUUCUCAGACAAGUGGUGAUAACCGUUCGUACCAACCGUUCUUUGACGCAGUGGAAGAGCUACCGCGAGAAAUCGCUUUCACGUGACAAGCCUUUCUGUCACCCGCAAUGGCCAGACGAGGCGAGAUACGUCGAUAGCGAAAUCAAAAGCGUGCUCGAGCAUCGCUGGCUCGCGACCCACGAUCGUUGGGUGUACAUAGACUGGGUGGCACUGACGUUGAUCAUCGCCUCGGCGAUCUCGCAUGCAGUCUUUUUCUCUCAAGGCACUCGAGAGGCACACACCGUACACGUGCGCAUCAUGUGCGCGCUGCUGAUUGUCACGUGGGUGCGCAUACUCAAGUUCGUGCGACCGUUCCAAGGGACUGGAGCGUUCGUCGCGUCCUUCACCAAGAUGGUUGGUAAUAUCAUGUUAUCUAUGUUCCUGGUCGUCAUUAUAUUUUUGCCCUAUGCAUCCAGUUUCUGGAUUUUAUUUGGAGGUCUGAGCCCAGUACCAGCAAAGGGCUUUCGAUCGAUGACGGCGGUGAUGUAUGAGGUCUUCCAGAUGACCGUUUUGGACACAAACCACAGCAUCAUACCAUUCCUAAAGGUGGAUCCAUUCAUGGCCAGACUGCUCUCGUGUACAUACGUGUUUAUUUCGUUCGUGAUCGUGCUCAACCUCAUCAUAGCGAUGAUCACGGACACGUUCAAACGCGUGUUCAGUUACGCUCAAGAACACGCAGCGAUAGAACGAGCGAAGACCAUCUUGAACGUCGAAGAUUCGAUGCGGGAGAAAACAAGAAAACAAUAUUGGGAAUACAUUCGUAGCAACUGCAGUCCGGUUGUUAUGAAUCGACUGAACAGACAUGGCCAAACUAUCUUCUCUGAAAUGGUUCAUAUGAACGACAGGAUCAGAGAGACGCACCAACUCGUCCGGACUCGCUUCGGAAAAGAAUUUGGUGAAAAUAAAAAAUCCACCAUGGAAGAGAUGGUUAAAUUCGCCGGCGACAUUGUGAAAAAUUAUUCAGACUCCAAAGAGAUGCUAGUGACGAUUUUUAGCGAAUUGAGAUCAUUAGAAAAUCUCAUCAUGCCGAAGGGCGUUACCCUGGAUCACUUUUCCAAGAAUCCCGCAGCGAAAUCUCGGAAGCUUGGUCCGCCUGAUGAUCAAAUUGAUUCUGCAAGUGAUGCUGGUUUCGAUCAAGGUUUGACGGAAGACCAUUAUCAAAGAAGGCAUUCUUUGAAAAGCGAGCCAGGCAGUGUCAUUAAAGAACGUUUUAAACAAAAGUUUAGAAUGAUAAGCAAGUCUGCAAGUGUUAUUGGAGAAAAAACAAAGAAAGAACGGCCGCGCAAAACGAAGUCGAAAGGGAGAGAAGAUUCAGAGUAUCCGGGAAAAUAUGUCGAGGAGGUCGAGAUUGAAGGAGAGAGAAUUCGAAAAAGAAGAACUCGGAGCAAGUCUGCUGGAAACAUCAAAAGAUACGACACUGGAGACAGAAGUCGCAGAAGGGAAGAUAUUGAAUACGAAGACAGGUCCGUGGGGAGACGAGACGAAGAAGACACGAGAAUUCGCAGGAGAAGAGUUCGCAGCAAGUCCGCUGGCAACAUCGAAAGAAUUGAACGAGAGCGUGAAACCCGCAGAACAUCUUUAUCAAGUAAGGAAUUAUCACGCAGGAAACGAAGAGGACGAGAUUACGACGAUUAGAGGCUUAGGUGAGAAAAAGAUGAAACGGCUGGACAUUUUUGAUUUCUUCUUUAAACAAUUUUUUGGCAGGUAUAUUAUGAUAAUUCUGUCGCAGAAGUCUAUUUACAACUCUGUAGACCUAACCUAUAGAUCUGCUGCAUGCAUGGGAAAAAUAUAUCAAAAUUCAAAAGGUUUUUAAUAAAUGGAAAAUCUGGGAGGAUUGAAUUUAUGUAUUUUU